UAGUCACCGGACAUUGCAGUAUGAUAUUCUGUAAAGAUGCUUUAAAAAAAUACAUAUAUUGUGAAGUGUUGUAUAAAUAAAAUGAAUUGACUUGAUGUGCAGUAAAUACCUGUUUUUUUUGCACAAGCUAUUUUUCCACACCAAACCACAUGUCUAAAAAAAAACAAUCAGACCACAACAGGUUUCACUUUGACUAAACUAAACUGAGCUGGUCGAGUGUCAGUGCAUAUAAUAAAAAUGUUAGUGCAUGAUGAUAGACGGUUUUAACUUCCUUUGUUUUGUUUGCCAUACACAACAAUUGACAGUUACAGUAAAAACAUAUACAACCAUUUUUAAAGCAAUAAUUACUAUAUUGACAUGGAAUUUAGGAUGACUAAUCCAAUAUCACUUUAUUCCACUCUUCAGUUUUUAGAUAUCUAUCACAGCCAGAUUACUACCUUUCAACAAAUAUGUUAAAUCAUGAAAAUAAAGAAUAUUUUCCAUCACUAAAACAGUGAACGUCUAAAAACAUUUUUAUGUUACAUAUACAGUAUCUCUCAUCUAUAUGAACAGAGUAUGCAUGAACUGGGAGGGCAUUCAAAAACUUGUCAGGGGAGGAUUCACACGCAACACAAGAGUUAUUAUUUCAGACUGUUUAGUGAACUGCUGAAGAAAAUGUUUCACACACUUGUUUUAUUCUAUUUUUGCUGGUGGCAUCUGGUUGGUGUGUUUGGCGUUGAAUCAGUGUCAGUGAUGGAGGGAGAAUAUGUUACUCUACACACUAAUGUUACUGAUAUACAUGAAGGUGACUACAUGCUGUGGGAUUUUGAAGCUAAAAAUGAUCCCUUUGCUCGAAUCAGUAAAGAGAUUCGAAUCUUCAGUACAUCAGAUGGUGUUGAUGGGAGAUUCAGAGGCAGACUGCAACUGAACAAUAAAACUGGAGAUCUCACCAUCACAAACACCAGAAUCACAGACACUGGACUUUAUAAACUAGAGAUCAGUGGAGCUAAAAUGUCAUCAAAAACAUUCAGUGUUACUGUCUAUGCUCGUCUGCCCAUUCCUGUCAUCAUCAGAGACUCUUCUCAAUGUUCUUCAAGCUCUAAAUGUGUGUUGGUGUGUUCAGUGGUGAAUGUGACACAGGUGACUCUCUCCUGGUACAAAGGAAACAGUUUAUUCUCCUCCAUCAGUGUGUCUGAUCUCAACAGCAGUCUCUCUCUACCUCUGGAGGUGGAAUAUCAGGAGAACAACAUCUACAGCUGUGUGAUCAACAAUCCCAUCAGAAACCAGACUAAACAUCUCAACAUUACUGAUGUCUGUCAGACGUGUUCAGAUCUGGACUCAUCUUUGGUUUAUAUAGAGCUGAUUUCUGCUGCUGCCGGAUCUCUGUUGAUUGUGGCUGCAGUUGUGAUAUUCUGCAGCUACAGGAAACACAAAAAAACACAUCAAGACGGCAAGUGUUAA